GUGCCCUACCCCCACCCAAGAUGCUCCUGGGUGUAGCCCAUACCUCAUCUACCCUUCAAAUUGGAGGACCACAAAAUCGUUGUGUACAGAUAUUCACCAUUCCCUUGCUGGGACUUGGGGGAGGGGCUGUCAUCCCACCCCAGAGGGUGGGGGACACUGUAAAAACAAGAGCAACAGGACAAGAGGUAUAGUCCUAGCAGAGCCCAAGAUAAGGAGUACUGUUCAUAUAGUCUGUUGAAGAUGGACUCUUGGAAUGGGACGAAGGAUGGAGGGAACGGGACCAGGAAGUUCUGAGCAAGGAUGUAAUCUUGCUGGAGUCUAGCUCCGGCCCUGUUUCACAGGAUGCCACAGAUAGACAGCUGUGGUGCUGAACUGGUCACAGUGAGGCUGUCUUCCAACCACAGAGAAUGUGGGGUUCAGACACUACCCUCUCCAGUGGGGACAGAGAGGUCUCACAGAGCAAGUUGGGUUGCUUGGCUCUGCCCUUGGGGCCUUGAGGAACAAACCCCUAGGAGAUUCAAAAGGUUAUCUCAAGCCUACCUUGGGCCUCCUUGGGGAUAGCAAUAUGCCUAUAGCUGAGGGCCAGAUGGGUGGCUAUGGUUGUCCCUAGAAGGGAGGGACUUGAAGCACAGGGAGCCUCUCUGCAGGGUUCAGGUGUCCCCAGACAGAACAAACACGGCUGCCUGUUUACCUGCCCUGCUUCCUCUCACAUUGCUCCUUGGUGCCAGCUCUGAAAGGUAGUCCUGGGCAGGAAGCCACCACUCCUACCUAUCUUCCUCUUCCCAACCUGCUUAGAAAUGCAUGGAAUUCCACAAAGUCUAAACUCUCUGGAGAGAGCCUUUGUCCCGCUGCAGGAAAUGACAGACCCGGAGUGUUUCUCCCUACCCCACUGGCCUGUCACGGUGCCUGGAAUUUCACUGUUUCCUUCCCGAGAUAGCAGAUUCUCUGGGAACAAAGUUCUCCUGGGAGUGGGACAACCUAUGACCAAUAUCUGACAGCAGCCUGGCUGGCUUGGUGUCUCGAGAGGAUGCAGAGAAACUCCUCAUUGCCCUGGAGCCUGAGGCUGCCUCUGUCUACUGUCGGAAACUUCGCCUGCACCAGCUCAUGGACCUGAGUAGCCGGACUGCAGGCCGUGGGCGCCUGGGUGAGCGGAGGUCUAUCGACUCCAGCUUUCGACAUGCCCGGGAGCAGCUGCGUAGGUCUCGCCACAGCCGAACUUUCCUGGUGGAGGCCGGUGUGGGAGAGCUGUGGGCAGAGAUGCAAGAAGGAGACCGCUACAUGGUGGCCGACUGCGGGGGUGGCACUGUGGACCUGACGGUACACCAGUUGGAGCAGCCUCACGGGACCCUCAAGGAGCUCUACAAGGCUUCUGGCGGUCCCUAUGGAGCAGUAGGCGUGGACUUGGCCUUUGAGCAGCUGCUCUGCCGCAUAUUCGGGGAGGACUUCAUUGCCAAAUUCAAAAGGCAACGGCCAGCAGCUUGGGUGGAUCUAACCAUUGCCUUCGAGGCCCGCAAACGCACGGCAGGCCCGCACCGUGCGGGGGCGCUCAACAUUUCGCUUCCUUUCUCUUUCAUUGACUUCUACCGCAAGCAACGAGGGCACAAUGUGGAGACCGCCCUGCGCAGGAGCAGUGUGAACCUCGUGAAGUGGUCCUCACAGGGGAUGCUCCGGAUGUCCUGUGAGGCUAUGAAUGAGCUGUUUCAACCCACGGUCAGUGGGAUCAUCCAACACAUAGAGAUGCUGCUGGCUAAGCCUGAGGUGCAGGGUGUGAAGUUGCUAUUCCUGGUGGGCGGCUUUGCGGAGUCGGCGGUGCUGCAGCACGCGGUGCAGGAAGCCCUGGGCACUCGUGGCCUGCGCGUUGUGGUCCCGCAUGACGUGGGCCUCACCAUCCUCAAGGGAGCAGUGCUCUUCGGCCAGGCACCCGGUGUGGUGCGAGUGCGCCGCUCCCCCCUCACUUAUGGUGUGGGCGUGCUCAAUCGUUUUGUGCCUGGCCACCACCCACCCGAGAAAUUGCUGGUUCGGGAUGGGCGCCGCUGGUGCACGGAUGUCUUUGAGCGCUUCGUAGCAGCAGAGCAGUCGGUGGCCCUAGGAGAGGAGGUAAGGCGCAGCUACUGUCCUGCGCGCCCGGGCCAGCGGCGUGUGCUCAUCAAUCUGUACUGCUGCGCUGCGGAGGAUGCGCGCUUCAUCACUGACCCUGGUGUGCGCAAGUGUGGUGCACUCAGCCUGGAGCUUGAGCCUGAAGGCUGCCCGGAAAACACAGGCACAUCCCCCAGCCGCCGUGAGAUCCGUGCUGCCAUGCAGUUUGGCGAUACUGAGAUUAAGGUCACUGCCGUGGAUGUCAGCACCAAUCGCUCUGUGCGGGCAGCCAUCGACUUUCUUUCCAACUGAGGGUGCACCCUUCGGUGGGGACACAAGAACGUGCUAGUUUUCACAGCAGCACCCCUUUCUCGGGGUAAGGACACAUGGAGACCCGCUUUAGGGCUGUGCCUUGAUCACUGGAACACUAAAAGUCCCCUUACCCCAAGAGGCGAGGUGGUGUAAUAGCUAAGAAGUUUGCUUAGAGGGUGAGCCUGGCUUGGCGAGUGUGUGACCACGAAGAUAGACUGCAACAGAGGACUAAACACUGACCUGAACUUGAGGUUAGGUGAAGCUGCUGAGGAGCCACGGGGGUGGGGGUGGGAUUGGGAGGGGGUGCAGAACCGGGACUGAAGGUUAGAGUUGGCUAACUUUGAGUUCAAGCCACAGGAAGCCCAAGAGAGUAAUCUCAUGCAGGGGGAGUAGGGAAGGGAGUGUUAGGCCCAUGCUAGAGGGACAGGUGUGAGUAGCACCUUCCUGGAGGUGUGACUGUUAAUUGUGGCUGCACUGCCACAGUGAAAGCAGUUUGGAGAUGUGGACACAGCAUGCUCAAAGGACCUACAGGAAAGCUAUAAAUGACUCAUUUGCCCCCAACCCAGUCACAGGAGGACAGAGUUACUGUGGCAAGGGGGCGGGGGUUUCCAGCUCUGCCACAUAUCAGUAUACCAUUAGGAAAUCUGACCAAUCAGUUUCUCCAAGUGUGAAAUGUCAGACAUUUCCUGCCAACCAUGGCGUAAGACAGCUUUCCCUGCCUGAGAACUUAUCCUAAGGUGAAAAUAAAGUUUGCAAGGUAAGGAAAA